UAUCAUUGGAAAGUAAGCAUCAAUCCCUAAUCACAUGAUCGAUUGACGAGACGGAGCACCAUUUCCCCCUGUCCCUGUUCUUUGAUGAAAUUCAAGCGGGACUCUUGAAGGUUCGACCCGUUUUUGGACAAAUAUGGCCCGUCGAGGGAAGAUGCAGCAGCACAGCAGUCGUGAGAGAAGUCUAGAAAGGGCAGGACAGCGAGAUAUCAGAUAAGUCUAGAAAGGGCCAUUUGCCAGGCCAGCCACCCAAGUUCGAGAAAUGUCUCGUUGAUCCUUACUAUUUUCCCUAUAUAUACAACCAUCUCUUUGAGGCCCUGUAGAACAACACCUUAGACUUCAACUGAAGACACCACUGCAUAAUCAAAAGCUUCCAUCUUUACACAAUGGCUUCACAACUGCACAUCUACACACCAUUCCCCACCUUUUCUCCUGAGAGAAUCAACAAACUCUUCUUCCCCAGACUUCCAUGGCCAGGCAACAACAAUGGCAGAGGAGCUGCUCGCAAUGCGGUCAAAGUUAAGGCUGAGAAAAGAGACAACCUUGACAGUUUGCAAAGAGUUGGCAAUCAACAACAGUCCCAACCAAAGAAAAUGCAGCAGGUUGCAGCGCCAACUGGGCUGUGGGAUGGGUUUCCAGCAGCAAGGACAAUGCAGCAGAUGAUAGACACAAUGAACAGGAUCAUGGACGAUCCCUUUUCCUACAGCAGUGGCUUGUGGCCUACUGCGAUUUCUCCAGUUCAGGGAGAUGGGUAUGGAAGGGGAAGGACGCCUUGGGCGAUACAGGAAGGUGAAAACGAGUAUGGAUUGAGGUUCGACAUGCCUGGCAUGACGAAGAACGAUGUCAAGCUGUGGGUUGAAGACAAUAUGCUGGUUUUGAAAGGUGAAAAGGAACUGGACAAGGAUGGAAAUGGUGAAGCUGCUGCGAGUGGUGAAGAUUGGCCGAGUAAGAGCUAUGGCAAGUACAGUUUCAGAAUAUCUUUACCAGACAACAUCGAGUUCGAGAAAAUUAAGGCGGAAGUAAAAGAUGGAGUGUUGUAUGUCACUAUUCCUAAAGCCAGUACCAGCCGCAAAGUCAUCAACAUUGAUAUAGAGUGAGAGAGUUCAAUGGCUGACAGAUCCAAGUUUGUCUUUGUAAAAAUUUAUAAUCAGAACCUCACAUGCAUGUAUGUAGACAUCCACUACAGAAGAUAUAGAGAAUGAACAUUCUCUAUCUUU